ACUAGUGGCCCACUUUGUGCUGCUAGAAGGCGGGGUGCAGCAGCGAGCUCGGCCGCCCGGUGCGUACGGCUCCCUGCCCGGUCCGGUUCUUUGGUGCUCUGCUGGGCCUUCGCUGCCUCCACAAUGGAGUUUCUACUGGGGAACCCGUUCAGUACGCCUGUCGGACAGCGGAUCGAGAUUGCAACCAACUCGAGCCUGCCGUCAGAAGACUGGUCUCUCAACAUGGAGAUCUGCGAUGUGGUUAACAGCUCUGAAGAAGGACCCAAAGAUGCAGUUAGAGCCAUAAAGAAAAGGAUUGUGGGGAACAAGAACUUUAAGGAGGUCAUGCUGGCACUCACCGUGCUUGAAACCUGCGUGAAGAACUGUGGAUACAGGUUUCACAUCCUGGUGACCACAAGGGAUUUUAUCGAGGGGGUUCUCGUCCGUUCCAUCAUCCCGAGAAACAACCCUCCUUUGAUCGUACACGACAGAGUGCUCGGCAUCAUACAGGCGUGGGCAGACGCAUUCCGUAGCUCGCCCGACCUGACAGGUGUGGUGUCAGUGUAUGAAGACCUGCGCAGGAAAGGGCUUGAGUUCCCUGUGACGGAACUGGAUGGCUACCCACCAGUCCAAGCCCCCAAAAGGACCUCGUCUCGGAACGGGCCUGCUGUUGCUACUGUCCCCGCUGUGCUGCUGUCCUCCAAACCUCCCCUAACCCCACCCCAGACACUUGAGCUAAAACAGACGCUAGAUGGAAGUGAUGCCUUCACUCCCAACCAGGUGGGGGCUCUAAAAGCAGAGCUGGGAGUCGUGCGGACCAACCUCACCAUGAUGUCCGAUAUGAUGAGUCAGCUGGAUCCUGUCACGGUAAAGCAAGCUGCCGUGGAGCUGCUGGAGCAGUUGUACACGGUAUGUAAGGAAAUGCAGGACAGGAUAGUGAAGAUUGUCCCCAGGCUUAGUGAGGAGAAGUUGAUUGAGGAGUUACUCGCUACCAACGACGAGAUGAACACCGCCUUCUCGCGCUAUCACAGGUUUGAAAGACAGUUAACUAAUUGUCCAAACGCAACACAAAAGGGCCACACUUAUGUAAACCUGACGGACCUCGAUGUGAGCCAAUCAGCAGCUGCGUCAGUCCCAAAUGGAGGCUUGCUCAGCCAAUCGAAAGAGGACACUUUGUCCAGCCAGAUGGCAGGGCUCAACACAAGGGAAGGCGAUGAUGUUGUGGAUGCAUUUUUACUGAAAGGGAAUGGCUCAGCUCAAAGAGGAAGUGAAUUUGGUUUCAGUGAGCAUCCAGCCAUUGGACUGGAUGGCCUUGCGCAAGCGCAGGACGACACCGUGCAAAACUCUAAAGCGGAUUGCAGCCCAGCCUCCUCCCACAGCUCGUCACCAAAGUUAGACUGGAUGAUUAAAAGGGGAAUGAUUCCCAUCAAGCAGUCCAAUGUAAUGGAGGAUAUUGAGAAAUGGCUGGAGCUGGAUGAUGAGUACGAUGACAACGAGGACUCUGAUGGUGUCACAAGCGAAGAAUUUGACAGGUUCUUGGCGCAAAGAGCCAAAGCAGCUGAGCGUCUGCCUUCAGUACGACAGUCUUCCCAGGACGCCAACCACUCCGAAUCCUGAGCUGCACUUCCACCUGCCGCACACGCAACUCUCACAAAGUACCUCUGCCAUAAGGGACAGAUGGAGAUGUAUUUUGGUUUUAUGUAUCCAAGGCACAUUUGGGCAUGGAGGACUGCGGUCUGUAAUUACUUCCUGUGUAUCCUGCUAAGUUACUUUACUGGGGUUUUAACUGGUAACAAGUGAAUGAAGGCUAGAGCAUUUUGCUUGAUGUAACUAAGUGGCGGUAAUGCAAACGUUUGCACAAUUUCUAUGGGAACAUUCCUACUAUUGAAGGAAACGUGGAAUAUUGAUACUAAAACAACUUUUGCAACAUAGAGGACUAUAUUGCUAUGAACUCUCAUUUGUGGUAUCUCAUGAUGAGUUACAGAUAAUGCCUUUGUGUAAGUAGCACACUCUUAACUUAUAUGUCAGCAAUUUCUCAUUUGAAGAGUUUGAGGCUUCGCUUCAGGUUAAUAUUGAUAUCAGAUGUAACAUUGGUUUUUUUUUAAUUCCAUAAUAUUUCUUUGUCAAGAUGUUUUAAGUUUAAAUGCAGAGUUCAAUUAAAUAAACAACC